CGUCAUAAUCCCCAAAACAACACUUCCCCAGCCUUUCUUCUUCUCGGGGAUCUCAAGCUCCGGCGAUUUGCUUUUCUUCGUUCAAACCUGUAUAGAGAUAUAGAUAUUUUGAUUUUAGUAACUGAAUCAGUUUUGAAUUUUAGUAACUGAAUCAGUUUUAAAGUUAAAAAUAAAUAAAUAAAAUUAAUUCUCGAAUUUUUGCUAUAUAUUUACUUGAUGCGUCUCUUAGUAUCCAGAAUAGUUCCGAAAGCCGAAUUCAAUCCCUCGGGUUUCCGAUUCCCGUUUUGCAGUUACCGCCGCCGAUCCUCCGCCACUGAUAGUGGAAGUAGUGACUGCGCAACCACCGAGAAUUGUACUGGAAUGGCGUCGGCGAGUUCGAGUUCAAGUUCAAAGCCGCCGCCGGUUGGGAAUAUUCCCAAGCUCCCGAGAGACGAAGUCGUAGGCAUAGCGAAGAAGUGCUGGAACAAGUUCAGGAAGGAGGCGACGUUCGCGCUCUACACUCCCUUCAUCGUCUGUUUGGCGUCGGGGACUCUCGAGGUCGAGACGUUCGGACAGUGCGUCUCACAGGGCGUUUAUUUUGUCAAGCCAUUCGAUCAAGCGCUUGAGUUCGCAGAAGCAAACGCAGAGGAUGAUGAUGCAAAGCAUCGGAUUAGGGAGUUGAGGAAGACUACCCUAGACAAACUCAACUUGCAUCAUGAUUCUUUGGUCCUGGAAUGGGGCUCUGAUGUCGUCAAAGAUACUACUCAGAAUCGAGCAACUUCUAAGUGCACAGAGUUCUUGUUGGAUACAGCUACUGGUAAACUUGCAACUCCUUGUGAGAAAACCAAGUUGUCUGCUUAUACCCUAGGUGCUGUGACAUCUUGCAUAAGGCUUUAUGCCUACAUUGGUAAGGAGCUGCAGGGACUUAUUGAUGGUAAAAGUAAUCAUCGCUACAAGAAGUGGAUUGAGAAUUACUCCUCAGACAGUUUCCAGGAGUUUUCUUUGCAAACAGAGGACUUGCUGGACAAGUUAAGUGUCUCUUUGACUGGGGAGGAGCUUGACAUCAUUGAAAAACUUUAUUCUCAAGGAAUUAAACAUGAGAUAGACUUUUUCUUAGCUCAGCCACUUAUUCAGAAAGCUGUUGUACCCUUCUCAGGAGAGCAUAACCUAGAAGACCGCCGAUUUAUGAUAUUUUCCGAUUUUGAUUUGACAUGCACUCAUGUUGAUUCAUCUGUCAUCUUGGCAAAACUUGCAAUAUCUACAGCUCCAAAAUCUGAUCAAAUCCGAACAGAAAAUCAAAUUGCACGUAUGACAUCGGCUGAUCUAAGUGACAUCUGGGAAGCUCUCUCCAAGAAGUACAGAGAUGGCUAUAAGCAGUGUAUAGAGAACAUUUUAGCCACUGAAAAAGCGAAGAAGUUUAACUAUGAAGGUGUGCACACAGCACUUGAGCAACUUUCAGAUUUUGAGAAAGAAGCAAAUUUAAGGGUGAUUGAAUCUGGUUUGCUUAAUGGUCUUAGCCUGGAAGACAUAAACCAAGCUGGGGGGAGUUUGAUUCUCCAAGACGGUUGUAUGAAUUUUUUCCAAACUGUAAUAAAAAAGGAUGUAGAUGUUCGUGUGCUCUCCUGUUGUUGGUGUGCUGACCUCAUUAGAUCUGCCUUUUCAUCAGGGGGUUUAAAUGACAAGCUAAAGGUGCGUGCAAAUGAGCUAGAAUUUAAAGGAUCUUUUUGCACUGGUGAAAUUGUGAAGAAGGUGGAGUCCCCCUUUGACAAGCUUCAAGAACUCCUCGCGAAGAGGAGGUGCGCUGGUGAUAGGAAGAUACUGGAUGUUUACAUUGGAGAUUCGGUAGGGGACUUGGUUUGUUUGCUUGCAGCAUCUGUAGGCAUCGUGGUAGGUUCAAACUCGAGUCUAAGAAGAGUGGGGGCGCAUUUUGGCGUCAGAUUUAUUCCACUGUUUCGUGGUGUGGUUGAUCAGCAGAAAGAAAGGGAAGUUGGCUCCGGCAUUCUUUACACAGCCUCAAGCUGGGCUGAGAUACACGCUUUUGUCAUUGGCUCUUAGUAUCAUCUCAUUUUUUUGACUCAAAAUCAUCAUUUUACUUGGGGAAUUGAGAGAAAUGUUAAUACAAAAUAGAAAUUAGUCAGACACAUACACACUGCAGCUCUUCCUUUCCCCUUUCCUUAUAGGCAGGAGGCUACUGUGCUAAGAAAUGUAAAUGUGAUUCAUUUGGCUGGAGAUCUUAGCCAGAAACAAUACUUUUUGAUCGAUCAUUUCUCUUUGAAGAAUAUUGAAGCUUGCGUUUA